GAGCAGGCAGGCAGGCGGGCAGGCAGGCAGCAGACGCUGGGAGAAGCUCAGCACCAGUACAGAAGGCUGCCAGCUCUCAGCUGCUUUAACUUGGCACUUCUCUCUCAUUAUCGGUCUGGAUUCAAUUGCUCUGCCCAGAGCUCCGUGCCCAGCCAUCUCUUGCCGCUGUAUUCACUGUAGAAAGGCAGCAGCAGCCAGAGGAUGUGGUCGGACUGAACAUGCAGGCAACAUAUUUUGUCUGUGACUUCAGUUGUAGAGGAAGUGCGGCGGCAAGAGGAGCUCAGAACUGAAGCUACAGCUGUCACCCUGCGCUGGGACUUACCGCCCCAAUACACCUCUGUGACUGCCAACCCCUCCGCUGCACCCGACUGCAAACUUUAGCCUGUUGCGCUCCCUGCUAUGCGACACCAGCAACAAUGGGCUGUGGGCUAAAUAAAUUGGAGAAACUGGAUGACAAAAGGCCAGGUAACAUCUAUUCUACCCUGAAGCGACCGCAUGUUGAAACUAAGAUCGAUGUGGCGUAUGAAUAUCGGUAUGUCGACUUCACAACAUUAAGUCAAGCUGAAGCCCCAAAUCUCGCUGCUAUCCGCAUCACCUCUCUGCGCGAGCUCCCUGCCCAGUUGAGAGAGCUGUACCAGCAGGGCUUUACUGUGGCAGCGAUACACCCUUUUGUGCAGUCCUAUGAUGGGGCGGAGAGCAUUCCUCAGGAACAGGUCUUCAGGGCAGUACUUAUUAAGAAGAUCGACAGAAAUCCGACCAGUGAUCUUAACAAUGAAGAAUAUCGCUUGGAAACGGAAUUAUGUUUGUCUCCAGACCAGCCUGCAGAUCAAAAAAUAAUACCAGACCUUGUAAAAAGAAUUGAAGACGCAGCCAGCCAGGGAUCAAAGUUUGCUGGGAUCAUACAGGGAUAUUGCACAGCUCCAAACCUGCCAUACAGUCCCUCUGACAGUUUGAGCCAUUGCAGCUCUCCAUUAUUUACUACAGCAAAAAAAACAUUCAGUGAUACAGAAGACGAUGUUUCAGUGGAUAUAGACAAGCCAGACGGCACUAAUGGGAAUGCGUCCCUAUCAGCACAUAGGGAAAGUGCUGACCACAGCAAGGUACUGGAAGGUGAAGGACCAGACACUGGAAAAGAAAAGCAAGAGUCUGCACUUAAGGAUCAAGGCGAUCAGACAGCAAAUAUUAAUUUCAGUAUAUCAACGGAGGAUGUUUUUAUCCAGGACAAGAUAACUAAAGCAGACUCAGGCAUACAUGACAACUGCAAUAUAAAAACAAGUGAAGUUUUGGCGAUUUUUAAUAAGCCCUUAACUCAGCAACGAUACAGAAAAUACUACACAGUGAAUAUUCCAAUGAAAAUCUCCAAGGAUGGAAAUAUUGUUAAUGGAUUGGAAGCUAACUGGCUGGAAUACAUGACCGACCAUUUCCGGAAAGGAUGCUCCCUAGUCAAUGCGGUCUUUUAUCUUGGAAUGGUAAAUGAAUUCUCAUCUGAAUAUACAGACGGAGUGUUCAUAUUUGAAGACUAUCCUGAGCAAGAUCCAAAAAUCAUAAAACGCUAUGAUGCUAUAGUUGUAGAGCAAUGGACCAUAUUACAAGGUUUAGAAGUGCACACAGACUACAUGCCACUCUUGAAUUCUUUGGCUGUUUAUGGAUGGCAGCUGACAUGUGUCAUUUCAACUCCUAUAGUAAAAACCAGCAGGGAUGGGAAUGUCACUACCAAGCAGAUUGUAUUCCUGCAGAGACCAGCCCUUCCCCAUAAGCUGAAGAAGAAAGAACCAAAGUUUCAGUGGAGGUUCUCCAAAGAUGACAAGCAUAACAGGCAAUCUAAGAAAGGAAAAGGAAAUUCCAAGGAACAUCAGCACAAGGAAGACAAGAAUGACUUAGAGAGAAACAAAAAAAAUGAGGAAUUGCUCAAAAGUGAGAAUCCAGAAGAAGCUAAUGUUCUUGUAAACCACUUAUUGGAUGGUGAAACACAAAGCAAGAUAAAUGAUCUCAGUGAGGAAAUAUUAACCUCAAACAGUCCUGAAAGCACCGACGAGACAUAUGAAAAUAAUCAAACUCACAAUGCCUUUUUACAUGCGGAAGAAAUAACAGAGUGCAGUAGGGACAUGGACUUAGCAAGCACUGAGAAACAACAAAGAGAAAUGUUCCCCGGUGGAUCUGAAGAUGGAGAGAGGGAAGUGCCCAUCGCUCAAGAUGAUAAAGAAGUGGGGCUUGAGGCAGACAGUCCGGAGCAAGAAGGGAACUCCACCUAGCAAAUAACUCUCUGGAAGACUUGCUGAGGAACUUUUACACUGCCAUUUAGAGUAUUUGGUUACCUAAUGAAAUUUAUAAUCUGAUAUUUUAUUCAACUUGCACAAAGACAGGCACAUGUACCCUCAUAUUAUUACCACAUGGCAGCUAUGAGGGCACCAAGGCAGAGGUAUCAGUGGUGCCUCGGAUAUGUAUUAAGGUGCCCGGCAUUCACAGAUCCAUUACAUGUCCUAGAUAUAAAUGAUUACAUUAUCUGCACUAGUUAAAUCCCAAACUGUUCUGUAUACAGCCUUUGAUAGAGUUGCACUUCUUAUGAUUUUGAUGUUCUGUACAAAGAAAUCGUCAGUAUUAAAAAGAUUUAGCUCAUAAAUAUGGUAAAGCCUUUAGGCACACAAUGAGUCUAGUCUGGGUAGGAGGAUUAGCAGUUAGGCUUGUCUUGCUGGAAAAGUACACUCUAUUAUUUAGAUAAUUUACAGCUCUCUUGGAACAUUGUACGUUCCAAAGCCCAUUCAUUCUGAAGAAGUCUUUCAGUAUUACUUUCAGAUAGUUAAACAGGAUUGGCCAGUCUAUUGAUAUCCAGUUGCUGUUGAACCACAACUUCUGGGAGAUGCUGGAUGUUACAAUUAGUAGGACCCAAUUCCGGGUCCUACUAAUUAAACUCAUCAGUACACCAUCAGAACAGUACAAAUUAGAAAUGUGGGACCUUUGAGCCCACACUCUAAUCCCCAUCACCCAUGCCUGUUCAAGCAAAGUUAAGCUGCAUCUCUGAUCUGCCCCAAACCCAGGCUGCUCUCUGGUAAGCUCAUGUAAUUAGAAACUUAGUAUGCAACAAAAUAUAUUUUCUGCAGUUUUAGCAUUUUUUCCAGCAUAGUGUUCCUUUGCACACAAGUAAAAGAGGCUAAUGUUAUGCUAAACUCAUGCCUAGGUGUGCAGUAAUAAGUACUGUAUGGUAUGAUUAUAUUCAGAAAGGGACAAGGUAGUUCAUGUGAUAUAUCUCCUGGUAUAAUUAAUCCUAUUGCCUACAGGACUGAAAAACGCCAGUAUCAGCCUUGUCGUGAAUUUCCCAUUCAAAUAAAUGGAAGAUGGUAGUGGCAAUUAGUAUGCCUUAGAAAUGAUGUCCCAGAAGACAAGCCUAAUCAGAAAAAGCACACAUGUAUGGUAAUACCCAUCAUCCUCAGCCACAGGCGGUGGCGGGGAAAGCACAACGGUGCACCUUGUUAUCAUGGCAUUAGGUUGCGUGCCAUUAUUUAUACAAACACUUCUAUAAACCAUUGUAAUUAAUCCAAUGUAGCCAUCAAAAGGGUAGAUAUGGUCAGUAUAUUGUUAAUAUGUGUGUGCAUUUGUAUGUUAAUGAUUAAUGACUUAUAAUAUGGCUUUUAGAAAGUUAUGGUAAGGCAGUUAUUUUGUACAAAAUAUUUUAAAAAUGUUUCUAACAAAGAAAAACAAUGUGACUUAUUUUAUACACAUCUGAAACCUUUCUAAUUUUUUUAAAAAAAGGCCAUGCUCCUAAUUUAACCACCCAUAGCCACACCUUUUUCUUAUUAACCCCUUUCCCCCUCUUCCCAUGUGACCCAGGCUCUGUGGAGGCUACAGCAUAGAUUCCUUAACCAUUAUGGACAUAUUUGGUAUUUGGAAACUUUGGUGCAGGGGCAUGCCUGGGUAGGUCAACAGGCUCUAGACAGGGUGAUGGGGAAUGCAUGGUUUGGCUCAGUAAGCACAUUGGCUCUAGAGAGGGUGAUGGGUAAUUCAGGGUUUUGGCUCAGUAAGCCCAUUGCCUGUAGAGAGCGCAAUGGGUAAUGCAGGAGUAUGGCUCAGCAAGCCCAUUGGCUGUAGAGAGGGUGAUGGGUAAUGCAGGGGUAUGGCUCAACAAGCCCAUUGGCUGUAGGGAGGGCGAUGGGUAAUGCAAGGGUAUGGCUCAGCAAGCCCAUUGGCUGUAGAGAGGGUGAUGGGUAAUGCAGGGGUAUGGCUCAGCAAGCCCAUUGGCUAUAGAGAGGGCGAUGGGUAAUGCAGGGGUAUGGCUCAGCAAGCCCAUUGGCUGUAGAGAGGGCAAUGGGUAAUGCAGGGGUAUGGCUCAGCAAGCCCAUUGGCUGUAGAGAGGGUGAUGGGUAAUGCAGGGGUAUAGCUUAGAGCCCAUUGGCUCUAAGGCUUUUAAUUUGAUUCCCUCAAGAUUUUGAAUGCCACAUUUAAGUAUGACUAAUAAUAAAAAGACCAAAAAAAUGAUGUACUUUUAUGGAUUACAAGUCAGCUGAAAGGAAUACAGUCAUCAGUGUUUAACUUUUUUAUGUAUAUAGCUACAGAGAUCUGCCCUCCAUCUGCUCUACCCAGUUGUGCAGCAACCAAUUUUGUAGUUGUUCUUCACACUCUCUCACACACACUCUCUCACACACACACACACUCUCUCACACACACACACACACACUCUCACACACA